AUGCAAGUCGCAGAGAUCCUCUCGGACAUAAAUUCUCUCCGCGUCUGUGGCCAUAGCGAGGCCCUGGCACUGGUGAAUGUGCACAAAAACCUCAGCGCGGAUUCAACCGAGUCUGGUGGCGCAUUGGAAGAUAAGAGCCCGGCAGACGACAAGGCUGAUCUUCGUCGUGCAAAGGAACUAGUUGAACUGCACUAUGAGGUGAAAGCGAGACAUGUCGACGGAACUGUUGAUGAAGAGCUGAGUAAAGCUCGGAAAAGAUGUCCAGCGCGUUUUGGCAGAGUUGUCAACUGUCUGAUUCACUCGCUGGGACCUUUCUUUUGA